AGAGCUGAAGUCUGAACUCCACCUUGAGGCAGAAUGAGGUUCACCCCAGGAUCUCUGCUUCUCAUUCUGCUGGUCUGCAGCCUCUCUCCAGUCCAUGGUGUUCUGGAGGCCUAUAACACAAACUUAAAGUGUAAAUGCAUCCGAGAGACGGUACCCUUAUUCCCCUUCCGCAUUGUUGACCGGAUUCAAAUCACUGCCCCUGGGAAUGGGUGUCCAAACCCAGAAAUCAUACUUUGGUUGAAGAAUAAGUCAGUUGUAUGCUUGAACCCUAAAGCCAAAAAGACACAAACUUUAAUGAAGGUAUUAAAGAGAAGAAAUGUACUUUUAACUCCACCAGCUCCAAUGUCUAAGAAAACGACUGUCUGA